UCAGAACACGUCACAAUUAAUGCAGAUACUGUUCAUGGUAUAUUGGUGAAUAUAUAACAGCAGAAUAUCACAGCAGUUCAACAUAACAUUAAAUGACAUCACCAAGUGUUUAAGACUUUGAACGGUGCAGCAGCCAUUUUCGUCAGAUAUAUUAUUCACCGUUUCGACAAAUAACUUUCGGAAUACUUUAAUCGACGAUUUUAUUAACUUUUGUUCAACUUUUGGACGGAUAACUUCUGGAAUGUUUUAAUCGACGAUGAAAUUGUGAAACGUUGUGAAACAUGGCUUGUGAAGACAUUUGAUACAACAACGAGUAAAAACGACGCAAAAAACGCUAUGGAUGUUACAUAGACGUGAACUCAUUUUCAUCAGGCAUAUACUCUUCCAAGCAAAACCUUAGAUUGAUUUUGAUAUAAUGAGAUCAUGGCAUCUGUAAGUUCCAUCAGAUCUAAAGAAUGGCGCACAAAGCGUAAAGAUGAUGCAGACUAUUGGGAACAAGAACGAAAACGAAAACGGAAGGCAAGGCAGUCACGUUCUGAAGAGAAGAAACAGCAUGACAGGGAAUUGAGUAAGAAAAGACAAAAGAGAUUUCGGGAACGUAAGAAGUCGGCAAAGUGCAAUGUUACACUUCUCCCAUUGAAUAUAGCAGCUGUCAACGACAGAGGUAGGGUACCAGCUAUUUCUGAUGAUGUGAGAUCUUCUGGAGAGCUUGCUAUACUACCAGUGUCGAAUCCUAACACAUUCCAUGUUAGUAUGGAUACAGAUUUGGAUAAGGGACCAGUAGAUAGUGUUUGCGAAUUAGCCGAAAUCGAGGAAGAAGGUGGUCCUGUGUUACUCUAUAACUUCGAUGGUAACAACUGGCACAAGAAAAGCAAACCGUUGACCGAACAGUGUGGCAAUAAAGGAGCUGAAGGCAUGGCGUCUAUUUCUGUUACUGGUGGCGAAGGAAGAGAAGCAUAUUUUAAAAGAAUACAAGCUUCAUUGUCUGAAGUGGAGGACUUUGAUUUGUUACAAAUGAAGUGUAAUGAAUUCUCACAUCAAAUCGAAGAAAUGUACCCUAUAGAAAAUCUCCCAACACUCGACGUGACGGGAUAUCAAUUGGAUAAUGUCGCAUCCAGCUUGUAUCCACACGAAGAUGCACCUGAUGAUUUUGUUCCCAUCAGAACAGUUGGCGAUGGAAACUGUCUGCCACGAGUCGGCAGUUUGUUCGCUUUUGGAAAUGAAAAACACCAUAAUGAAAUAAGAGUCCGGAUGUUCAUAGAACUGUGUCGAUAUGAACAUUAUUACUUAGAUGAUUCUUAUCUAAAAAGAGGAACAGAACAAGGACUAGUCAAUAUUUCAAAGACUCUGGCAUUGUUUUCAGAUGUGUUUGUCCCACAUGAAGAAGACGGAGUCCGGCUUGCUUUUCGGCAAUAUGUGAAAAAUAUAUUGAAGACGAACAGCUUUAAUGGUAUGUGGAGCAUAUUUGCACUAUCUAGCGUUCUUGGUGUGCAAGCAUUGUCAAUAUACCCAUCUUAUGGUGGGUACAAUGUGAGACCAGAUCUCCACCGUCUGGUCAUGCCUCGAGUGUUUCGACAGGAGAAAAGUAAAACCGUCCAUAUCAUGUGGACAAGCACACACGGAAAGCAAGUUGAGCCCAAGUCAUGGACUCCAAAUCAUUUUGUCGCUGUUCUUCCAACACUCGAUAGAAGACCUACACCAAGAGAAAAUGAUGACUUACCAAUGCAACACGAGCAAUCAGGAUCGCAACCUAUAACCGACUCAAUCAGUUCCACCAUACCCGUUCUAGGAUCAGUAACCAUCGAAUCCCUUUCGUCCAACUAUGAUGCAUCUGUGGAAAGUCCUACAACACAUUUGCUCAAUUCUGUUUGUAAAAGAGAUGAGAAAAUAGGUACCAACGGCAAAGCUCAUUCAGGGACAACAUUGCUAGCACCCACUGAUCAUAUGAACAUUGGAGAUCCUACUCGAGCUAAUAGCACAUUUCUAUCUCAUUCGGACGAGCGGGACGUUUUUGAUGAUAUGAUUGAACAUGAAGCAAUGGACCUAAGAGGUGUAGAUCGAUGUCAAUCACACACACAGGAACAGCUGGUAUACCUCUGUAAGACAUGUGGCGAACUUCCUAUAUGUUACAAAUGCCAUCUAGAAAGUCAUCAGCAACACACCUUUACAGACCUAAAGAUGUACCUAGCGGCUAACGAAAGGAUGUAUCUUCAGAAAAUAACGAAGAAACAUGAAGAAAAUUUGAAGAAGGAGAUCAAACAUCAAAAACAGGUACAUGUCGAAAAUAUGGAAUCUAUUGAUAAGGAGAUAGAAACGGUUUUUGCCCAUUACAAUGGUCUGUUGGAAAAGAAAUCUGAAUCAAGCAAAAAAAUUGAAGACCAAAUUAGGAUUCUAGAAUCUAUGUUAGAAGAUACAGAUACAUUUACAGACAAAGAGCGAGGUCGUCUGAAAUCGCUACCGGUACCAGAACGGCUUUCUGUAAUGACAGCAGAACCACGAGCAGACGAUAUGAUAAAGGGACAGGCUCACGCGCAUCUCGUGCUUUUUCCCGGGCCUGCCCAUCUUUUAGAUCAAUUGGGAGCUCUUGAAGAAAUACCUUACCAUGCUGAGUUGUCAAAAGCUAGCGUGUCCGUGCAUGCAUCAAACAGACCAGGGGUAACGAGAGACAUAGUACCGCACAGUGCUUAUACAGUCGCAUCUGGUAGCCAAUAUCAAUGGAAUGAAGCAGUGGGCGAUAGACGAAUACCUGCGUGUUUGACGACAGACCAUUUUCAAGAGAUGUCCGGAGGUUCAACAUCAUCAAGCUUCCCCGGUCAAACAUAUGUAUACUGUAGCGGGUCGACAAUACCAUACAACAGUGAUCAGGUAAACAGAGUCUCAACAGACACAUGUACAAAUGUCGUGCCGUUAAUGAAUCACGGAUUGAAGGGUGAUCGAACAUUUUCAGCAUCGCAAAUGUCAAGACACAUGGAAAUAGCAGUGACGAAUGAUAUAUCAGCGUUGUCAACUCAAAACUAUCAGCCACUGAGCUAUGGAAAUUCAACUCAUAAUCAUCACCAACAGAGCAGUGCGAUAUCAACAGUAUCAAAUCACAAUGAUCAACCAUUGAGCCAUGGCAUAUCUACAGAGUCAAUUAGCAAAGAUCAACCUUUGAGCUAUGGGAUACAAACAGCGCCACCUCACAAACUUCAACCACUUGGCAAUGGGACAUCAGCACUAUCAACUGUCAGAGAUCAACCACCAGUAUAUGGCAUUAGAGCAAUGACACAUACAAAUGACCAAUGGUUUUGUGCUGAAGCUACAGCAAUAGAAUUUCCCAACAAACAGAGGGUAAUUGCCAUUCCUACAGUGUCAACUUUCAACGACCAAAAUCCAACUUAUACAAGACCGGAAACGCCACGACAACACGGUGGAUCACAAACGAUACACCAACAGCACAGGGAACAGAUGAUGUUCAAUCCUGAGGAAAACGGUUUGAGUAUACAACCGACAGAUUCAGCAGUAGACAACACGAUGUUACGUCCUCGUGUUUUUACAGUGUCAUCAGAAAUAGAACCCGACACUUGCACACAGGGGACCAAAAAUAAAACAACUCUACUUUUGGAAUACUGUCAGAGUGGUCAAGAAAACGUCAAUCUGUUGAAAUCUGACAGCAACAACACGGAUAAUGAUACGCUUUGUGUCAGGGGGAGCGAUUUAAGUGUUGACGUCAGCGUGAAAAGAACAAUGAGAGACAUCACACAUAAAAUAACGAUACCAGAGAGUUGUCGGUGUUUGGAUGUUUUCCGUUCUGUAGGUAACAAGUUAUAUGUCUGGAAAAGAUUAAACUCAACACGUGUGUUGCAGAUAAAUAAGGAUGGUAAUCAACAUACCAUCAUUGAUUUAAAGUCGAAAUGUGUACGUGGUGUUUGUGUGUCAGCUAUUGAUAGCACUGUUUGGUUUGUAUGUCGUAAUGGUAGAGUUAGAUGUGUGUCGCCAACUGGAACAGUGAAGACAAAAUUCACUAUCAAUGCACGUCCCUUGUUAUUAUGUGUUACGUGUUCAGGUGACGUGCUGGUUCUAGAUUACAAUAGACUAACGCUGUAUACAGUCAGUGGUGAGGUGGUGCACAGUACUGAGUGUAGUAAUGAGGCUUGGGUAAUCAGAGAAUGUUCCCAAACAAGGAACAUAAUGGCCUGUACAUUAGAUUAUCCAGGAAUCAUUGCUCUCUAUGACAAUAGGUUAAAGAAGAAAUUAAGCAUUGAAGGUGGAACUAUAACGUAUCCCGAUGGACACACGAGUGAUGUUGGAUACGAUAUGCAACAUGUAAAUGAUGUAUGUUUUGACAAAGAAGGAAACAUCCUGAUAAGCUGCGAUAGUGGUCAUGUCAUAUUGAUAGACCAUACAAAUGGUCGGUACAUCAGGACUGUACUCAGUGAUUGUAUAGGGUUAUGGAGAAUGGAUGUUGACGACGAAGGCGUGAUGUGGUGUCUAUGUAUAGACGGUGAAGUAAAAUGUUUUCACUUAUAGAUUGUAAAAGAAACCCAGAACAGCUUUUUUGAGUACCAUGACUAUACAAAACUAACCACCAUUAUAUACAUUUUAUAGUUUGAUAAUAGUUUUUAUAUAGAAAUUAUGGCACAUACUCUGGUAUGCACUGAAAUAUAACCACUUAUCAUGCUAUGUAUUCCUACCCAAACGAAUAUAUGAGAUUAUAUUCUAAGUUUCGAGAGUAGUUAUUGACACUACAUUUUUGUUUAGUUUGAUCAUUUAUUUCAACUAUGUUACAUUCCGUAUUCCGUCUUUACGUAUUGCAGAGUUAUUUUCUCCUGUGA